UUUCCUUCAAUGUCACUACUUAAACUAUGUUGAAAUUGAAAGUCCCAAAUAAAAACAGAGGUCCUCGCAGCCAUUUUCUUUGACACUCUCCAAACAUGUUCGCCACCUUUCGACUCCUUCUUCUUCUCUCAUUCCUCUCACUACUCACCAGCGCCCAAUCCGAAGACCAGCGUCAAAUCCUUCUGAACCUAAAAUCCACCCUCCACAAUUCAAAUUCCAAACUCUUCCACUCAUGGAACGCCACCAAUUCCGUUUGCACCUUCCUCGGAGUCACUUGCAACUCCCUCAAUUCCGUCACGGAAAUCAACCUCUCCAACCAAACUCUCUCCGGUGUUCUCCCGUUCGACUCGCUCUGCAAACUUCCGUCGCUUCAAAAACUCGUGUUCGGUUACAACUACUUAAACGGGAAGGUUUCAGAGGACAUUAGAAACUGCGUUAAGUUACAGUACUUGGACUUGGGAAACAACCUUUUCUCUGGUCCCUUCCCCGACAUAUCUCCUCUCAAACAAAUGCAAUACCUGUUUUUAAACAAAAGUGGAUUUUCGGGAACUUUUCCGUGGCAGUCGCUGUUGAACAUGACGGGUCUGUUACAGUUAAGUGUCGGAGAUAACCCUUUCGACUUAACGCCCUUUCCCAAAGAGGUUGUGAGUCUCAAGAAUCUCAAUUGGCUCUACCUAUCGAACUGCACCCUCGGAUGGAAGCUUCCGGUAGGACUCGGCAACCUCACGGAGCUCACCGAAUUAGAAUUCUCCGAUAACUUCCUCACCGGCGAUUUUCCCGCGGAAAUUGUGAACCUUCGGAAGCUCUGGCAGCUUGAGUUCUUCAACAAUUCCUUCACGGGAAAGAUUCCAACCGGCCUGAGAAACCUCACAAAGCUUGAGCUUUUGGAUGGGUCCAUGAAUAAACUCGAAGGGGAUUUGUCUGAAUUGAAGUACUUGACCAAUCUGGUUUCGUUGCAGUUUUUCGAAAACGAUUUGUCGGGGGAGAUUCCGGUUGAGAUAGGCGAAUUCAAACGCCUCGAGGCUCUGUCUUUGUACAGGAACAGAUUGAUAGGUCCCAUUCCUCAGAAGGUUGGUUCCUGGGCCAAGUUUGAUUACAUCGACGUGUCGGAGAAUUUCUUGACGGGGACGAUUCCGCCGGAUAUGUGUAAAAAGGGAACUAUGUCGGCGCUGCUCGUGCUUCAGAACAAGCUCUCCGGCGAGAUUCCGGCCACCUACGGGGACUGUUUGAGUUUGAAACGAUUCAGAGUCAGCAACAACUCGCUCUCCGGUGCCGUCCCUCUUUCAAUUUGGGGAUUGCCAAACGUGGAAAUAAUCGAUAUUGAGAUGAAUCAGUUAUCAGGUUCGAUUAGUUCGGAUAUCAAAACCGCGAAAGCACUCGGUUCAAUAUUCGCCAGGCAGAACCGGUUGUCCGGUGAAAUACCAGAAGAAAUCUCAAUGGCGACGUCGUUAGUGAUUGUGGACCUGAGCGAGAAUCAAAUCUUUGGGAACAUUCCAGAGGGAAUCGGCGAGCUUAAACAACUAGGUAGCCUUCAUUUACAGAGCAACAAGUUAUCAGGUUCGAUACCGGAAUCUCUAGGUUCCUGUAAUUCCCUCAACGACGUUGACCUAUCUCGAAAUUCAUUCUCUGGAGAAAUCCCUUCCUCGUUGGGUUCUUUCCCCGCUUUAAAUUCUCUGAAUCUUUCAGAGAACAAACUCUCGGGUGAAAUCCCAAAGAGUUUAGCUUUCCUCAGAUUGAGCCUCUUUGACUUAUCGUAUAACCGGUUAACCGGUCCAAUUCCACAGGCUCUAACCCUAGAAGCUUACAACGGAAGCCUCUCGGGAAACCCUGGUUUAUGCAGCGUCGACGCGAUUAACUCGUUCCCGCGUUGCCCUGCUUCCUCUGGCAUGUCGAAGGACAUGCGCGCGCUCAUAAUAUGCUUCGCGGUGGCUUCGAUUUUGUUGCUCUCGUGUUUGGGCGUUUACUUGCAACUCAAGAGGAGGAAGGAAGAUGCGGAGAAAUACGGAGAGCGUUCGCUGAAGGAAGAAACGUGGGACGUGAAAUCGUUCCACGUGUUGAGUUUCUCGGAGGGAGAGAUUCUAGAUUCCAUCAAGCAGGAGAAUCUCAUAGGAAAAGGAGGCUCGGGGAACGUGUACAGGGUCACUCUUUCCAAUGGGAAAGAACUCGCGGUGAAGCAUAUUUGGAACACCGAUGUCCCUGCAAGGAGAAAGAACUCGUGGAGUAGCACCCCCAUGCUUGGGAACAAGCACGGUGGUGGUGGGAAGUCAAAGGAGUUUGACGCGGAGGUUCAGGCUUUGAGCUCCAUAAGGCACGUGAAUGUUGUAAAGCUUUUUUGCAGCAUAACCAGCGAGGAUUCGAGCUUGUUGGUGUACGAGUAUUUGCCCAAUGGGAGCUUGUGGGACCGGCUUCACACGAGUAGGAAGAUGGAGCUUGAUUGGGAAACCAGGUAUGAAAUCGCGGUUGGGGCAGCAAAAGGGUUGGAGUAUUUGCAUCAUGGGUGUGAGAAGCCUGUGAUUCAUAGAGAUGUUAAGUCCAGUAAUAUUUUGUUGGAUGAGUUUUUGAAACCUAGGAUUGCAGAUUUUGGACUUGCUAAGGUUAUUCAGGCCAACGUUGUCAAGGAUUCCUCCACUCAUGUCAUUGCCGGAACCCACGGAUACAUUGCUCCUGAAUAUGGCUACACGUACAAAGUGAAUGAGAAGAGUGAUGUGUACAGCUUUGGAGUGGUGUUGAUGGAACUAGUAACUGGGAAAAGGCCAACUGAACCAGAAUUUGGGGAAAAUAAGGACAUAGUGAGCUGGGUUCAUAACAAGGCAAGGAGCAAAGAGGGACUUAGGAGUGCGGUGGAUUCGAGAAUUCCGGAGAUGUAUACAGAGGAAGCUUGCAAGGUGUUGAGAACAGCAGUGCUGUGCACGGGGACUCUUCCGGCUUUGAGACCAACCAUGAGAGCUGUGGUUCAAAAGCUUGAGGAUGCCGAGCCUUGUAAAUUGGUUGGGAUUGUUAUUACCAAAGAUGACAGUGAAAAGAAAAUAGGAGUCAACGACAAGUAAUGUAUUGUAUUCCAUCCUCCAUAGUUGGUUACAACCGGACUGAAGAUUAUGGAUCAUCAUGAAGUUGAAGGGGAACCAACCACCUCCACGAGUUAUCUAUAAUUGAUGUAAAUUUUCCCGGAAAGAGGGAACACUGUAAAAUAUUAGUCUUGGCUUCUUUAAUGUCUAUUUUAAAGUGGAAGACUUGUGUAGUAAAAGGGUCUGCAUCUAGUACUCCCAAUAAAAGAAAAAAAAGAGAAGCAAAUUCCUUCUUCCUUAAUUUACUAAUUAAAUGAAACUGGUAGUGUCCAAAUAAUUGGUUUUAAUUUUUAUCCUAUCCCAGUCAGUGUAUCAUAAAUUGGUAUUUAUAAGAUGACUGUGACUAGUGUGCA